AUUGAAGAGUGUGUGUCUGUGUGAGAGGAUAAUGUUGAUAACAGUCAGAGGAAUUUCUUCUUCUUCUUCUCUGUGCUUCAAUUCCAAGCAGCUACACUCUUUAAAGGUUAAUAGAGUCACCCCAAUUUGUAAAGCCAGCAGCCUCAGUUUCCAUAAAAAAUCCACUGCCCCAUCAUGGAAUCUUGGUCUUUUUGAAUCCACAAACAGCUGUGAUAGUUCAGUAUUUGAUCCAUUGGGUAUCAAUUCAGGUAAAUCAUCCUGGGAUAAUUUAGUGAGCUUGCUCUCUCAGACAUUUGAAAGCUCCUCAAACACUAGAAAAGAGAAAAAUUCAUCAGCUAGAGGGUUGGCAGCUGCAAUUGAAGAUACUAGCAUUGAUUUUGGAGACUUCUUCAAAGGCCCGUUACCAGGAAAGUUUCUAAAGCUAUUAGGAUUUUUGGCUUUGUCACGACUCGGGAUCUACAUACCACUCGGUGGAGUAAAUCGGGAGGCCUUUGCUGGCAAUUUAGAUGAGAAUAGUAUUUUAAGUACUUUGGAUUCCUUUUCCGGUGGAGGUAUAGGUCGCCUUGGAAUCUGCUCUCUAGGUAUUGUUCCCUUCAUCAAUGCACAAAUUGUGUUUCAACUGCUUGCUCAAAUCUACCCCAAGUUGCAAGAACUUCAGAAAAGAGAAGGUGAAGCUGGAAGAAAGAAAGUUCUCCAGUAUACUCGCUAUGCUUCUGUUGGAUUUGCCGUAGUACAGGCAAUUGGCCAAGUAUUGUUCCUUCGUCCUUAUGUUAAUGACUUCAGUACCCAGUGGGCAAUUUCUUCCGUUGUUCUUUUGACCCUUGGCUCAGUAUUUACGACUUAUAUUGGGGAGCGAAUCACUGAUUUAAAACUUGGAAAUGGUACAUCUCUUUUGAUCUUUACAAAUAUCAUCUCCUACUUGCCAGCGUCCUUUGGUAGGACAGUCGCACAGGCCUAUCAAGAUGGUAAUUAUGUUGGGCUCGUUGGCAUCCUAGUCUCAUUCUUCCUGCUAGUCCUUAGCAUUGUAUAUGUUCAGGAAGCAGAGAGGAAAAUUCCGCUAAAUUAUGCAUCAAGGUAUACUGGCAGAACAGGAGGAGGACUUCAAAAAUCUGCAUACUUACCGUUUAAAGUGAACAGUUCAGGAGUAAUGCCGAUUAUUUUCUCUACAUCAUCACUAGCCCUUCCUGGCACUUUGGCACGUUUCACUGGUGUAGGUUUCCUGAGAAAGGCUGCAGCAGGUUUAAACCCUGGAGGUUCUUUCUAUCUGCCGACAAACAUUUUGUUGAUUGCCUUCUUCAAUUACUAUUAUACAUUCCUGCAAUUGGACCCUGAUGAUGUCAGUGAUCAGUUGAAACGACAAGGUGCCUCAAUCCCACUUGUUCGACCGGGUAAAAGCACAGCGGCAUUCAUCAAAACGGUACUCAGCCGGAUAUCAGUUCUUGGUUCUGCAUUUUUGGCACUUCUCGCUGCUGGCCCUGCUGUGAUUGAACAAGCCACACACCUCACUGCUUUCCGAGGCUUUGCAGGCACGUCAGUGCUUAUUCUUGUUGGUUGUGCUACAGACACUGCAAGGAAAGUGCAAGCGGAGAUCAUAUCCCAAAAGUACAAGAAUAUAGAGUUUUACGACAUGGAUAAUAAAUAUUGAAACAAGACUUCUGGUUAAAGCUGGAGAAAUGAGAUUGUAUUACAUAAAGAGAACAUAAACGCCACGACACAAACUUGAUCUGGACGUGAGAGACUCUACUUUCGACUCCCCCGCCCCACCUACUUUUCAUAAUCAAUUUAUUCUAGUUUCUCUGUAUUACUAACUUAGAUGUACAUGUUUCUUAGAUCUGUGUAAAUGCAGGCACACAACUGCCUUCUUUUUU